UUGAACUCAGGUCCCCCUGACUUCAGGGCUGGUGCUCGGGCACCUGGCUGCCCCACCCGCCUUUUUUCCUCCUGUGAUUUGUCACCUCUUUUUCUCCUUUUUCAACCUCUUUUACCGGUGGCUGUUUGGCUGUGUGUCCUGUGCCAAGUUUAAGUCGCUCCUUGGUGUUUUUCCCACUGAGACCAUGCAUGGGCGUGUGUGGGCCUCCGCGUAGCUGGUCUGUUACAGCAGGACUUCAACAUGGAAACCCUGUCUUUUCCCAGACUGAGUCCAGCUGAGAUUGUGACUCAUGUCCAGAAUUCAAUCCUGACAGGAGCUGAUGGCAAAACUCUAUCCAAGAAUGACAUUUUUCCUAAUCCAAAGCCUGAAGUCUUGCGCAAGAUUUUCUUGCGAACACUACAGAUUGUAUAUGGAAUUCCACUGGACGCCUGUUACAUGAUGCCAGUGAACGUUGAAGUCAUGUACCCACAGAUAAUGGAAGGCUUCUUACCGUUGUGUAACUUGUUUGUUUAUAUGGAAUCUUUUCUUCGCAUCUGCCGGGUGAAUGAUUUUGAGUUUGCUGAUAUUUUCUAUCCAAAAGGAAAACGUACAUGUCGGUUUUUAAGUGCCAUCAUCAAUUUCAUUCACUUCAGAGAAUCACGUCGAGAAAUAUAUAUGAAACAUUUAUGGGAAUAUAAAUCUUCUAUGGACAAGAUGCAGCAGCUACAUGUAGCACAACAGGAAGCAUUGAUGAAAUUGGAGAAACUUGAUUCCAUCCCAGCUGAAGAGCAAGCUGAGUUCAAACAGCUCGUGGAGGACAUCCAGGAGCGGCAGCAAACGCUGAACGGGUUUCGUCAAAAAACAACAACAAUACAAGAUGGCAUUUCCCAGAAGAAGUUAGACGUUGCUGAGAUCACUAAACGUCUGAAUGAAUUAAAAUUGUCACUAGUUACUUUGAAAGAAGAACAGGAGAAUUUAAAAACAAAAAUUGUCGACUCACCAGAGAAGUUAAAGAAUGAUAAAGAGAAAAUGAAAGAGACCGUGCAGAAACUAAAAAUUUCAAAGCUUGAAGUGACUGAGAAAUAUGAAGCCUAUCGAGAUGCAAUUGAGGGUUUGCCUUCAUUCCAAAUGGAGCUACAGUUAUAUCACAAGAAAAUACAAGAACUUGCAGAGAGUAUGGACAAAGUCACAAGGAUCUUGAAAGAGAACCAAUCCCUGGAGGACCAGAUUGAAAGUUCUCAGACUGAAUUAAAGAAACAGAAGACUGAGGAAACAUCAUUGAAAAGACUAGUCAUUGUUGAGAAAGAGAAGCUUGCCACAACCCAACUGAAGAUAAAUAAGAAGCAUGAGGAUGUUAAGCAAUAUAAACGCUUAGUACUUGAGGAAUGCAAUAAAAUUCAAGAGAAGAGAGGAGCCAUAUGUGACCAGGUGACAACAAUUAAUUGUGAUGUUCAGAAAAUCAGACAUGAAAUACAACAGCUCAAAGAUGUCACUGAAAAUGAGAAAGUAAAAUUCCAGGAAAUCUUCCUCACUUUGAAAAGUGCUUUGGAGAAAUACCAUGAAGCUAUGGAAAAGGCAGCAGAAGAGGGCAAAGCUAGACUUAGUGAAAAAGAUGCUGAGCUGAAGAUAGAGUUGAGCAUUUAGAAUAUGCCGAGUUGCUUCAGUCUAUUUAUUCAGAACGUCUACAAGUAUGUGGAAUUUCAUAGUUUUGAGAAAUGGAUAACCAAGUAAGAGAGUCUGAAUAUUAGGAUAAGUAGACUGGGGCUCUCCAGGUGGAAAUUCAAACAUUCUUGCAUACAUAGUGGUCUUCUAAAAUGAUAAAACUCCUUUUAAAGAAAUAGCUUAUCAUUAAAGUAAUUUUCCUCAGGAGUCCUGUGUCUGGGCUCUUAGCGCUUGUCAGGAAAAACGAGGCGGUCCUGAGAACCACAGGGCUUUUGAGGUAUUUUUGUUCUCUUUUGAGAAGGAUUUGGAUUGCCGUUUUGCAGUUGCAUACUUUUCUAAUGGAAAUGAUAGUAGUAGUUGCUUUUGUUAUACAUAAGCUACAUUAGGUUAUUAUAUAUAUUCAUGUUGUCAUUGAAUUCUUACAUUGAUAUCAUCCCUGCUUUGCAAUUUACCAAAAUGGUCUGUCAGAGGGGUUUUAUUGACUUUCUCUGUCAUCCAGAGGAAGGUAGGAUUCAAAUCCAUAUGCUUAUAAGUCCAACAAGCUGGUCCAGGUGAAGGAGUGUUUUAUGUAGCAAGUGCUCCUUCCUGCCUGAUGUCCAGACGAGUUCUGUUCUCCCUAAAAGAAGUAACAUGAAGUGGAGUAUCCCCCAAACUGACCAGAAGUUUAAUUUACUUUCUUUAUUACCACUGGAGUAAAUAAGUCUUCCUUCUGUGCUUACACUAAAUAUUCUUGAACUUUGACCCAUGUUCUUGGGGAAAAGGGAAAUAAAUGUUCUUUGACUCCUGGUCUUAUCUGUAAACUGCUUUGAAAUCUAGAUGUUGUAUGAUAUGUGAAAUUAAAAUUGUAAAAUUUA